AUGGAAUUGUCCCUUAUAUAUGUUAUAAUUUUACUUCUGAACAUAUUUGAAUUUUCAUCAGGAACAGUAUACAAUAAAGGUGAUAAAGAGAGACGCUUUGCUUGUUCUAGCCAAGGAUACCCCAAAGAGAAUGAAAUAAUCAAGUUGUUUCUUUCCUUAGAAAACUUGAUAAUCCAGUGUUUCUUCCAAGCUGAAAAUGAGAUUGUUUCAAGGGAAAUGCUGAGUAUAUUCACAGCAGGAGGACUUGCUCCCAGCUUGGGAAUCAUAAAUAGUACAUACCACGGCAUCUUCCACUUCAAUUUAACUUUGUUCAGUGAUCGGGUUUUCUGGCUAAUUGAUAUUCCUAGAGAAAACAUCACAGAAAAUAAAGAUAUCGCAGCUGUAGAAGAAUGGUUAGUAAGGAUAACUUUACAUAAAGGAUUAAAUAUUUAUGCUACUGAGGGAACCUUACUGGAUAGUGUUCGAGAACCUAUUCUUCAGUGGAUUCUUGGAAGGGUGAUGAUACAAAAUGAGAUCAAUACAUUGUUUCCACAUGUGACAGAUGUCAAAGUGACAAAGUGCCCCUGUGCCAAUGAUGUAGCUUUAAUUGGCUUCAUUUUGAACACAACAUAUAAUGGUGUUUUCGUAGGCCUGACCUCUUCCGGAUUUUGGGAUUAUGGUUCUACUGUGUGGUAUGACCUGACAGAUAACAUCUAUGUCUCACUUCAUGAAGAACAUUCAGGGCUUUCGUUGAUAGAUAUGGUUUUAACAAAUCAUAUUUUAGUUGUCCUCACAUCUCUGGGUCUUUUUGUAAGUGAAGAUCUUCGCUAUCCUUCAGGUCAAAUCUUAAAGCUUACAAGGGCAGACUUCUGUGGUUUUGAAAGGGUUGAUUACAUCAAAGGAAAAUUAUGGUAUAAUGAAAGAUGUUUUGCGAACAAAGAACAUUUUGAAGUUGAUUAUGUUACUAUCACCUUUGACAGAAACAGGACUCUAAGUGAGUCGAACUCUUGUUUUUUUAGUAGCGAACCAUUUUCCCGAUGGCUUCCUUGCUUACCUGAUGAAAAUAAAAUAGAGAGUUAUUUGUCCUCACGUGUGAUAACAUUUCUCGUGGACCAGGAGCACAAUACUGGAAUCUACCUCUUAUUUGACAAGCUCAACAAAACUACCAUUGCCUCCGUGAAUGUCCUAACCGGCAAUAAGCACCCAAAUUCCAAACCAAAGUUCCCACCUUUCCUGUUUCCUUCCUCGUUUUCUUCUCCUGUUGGAAUGGUAUUUCAUCCACGAAGCCACUUUUUGUAUGCUUAUGGUAAUCAGGUGUGGCUUUCAGUGGACGGUGGCAACACUUUUGAGUUAUUAGCUGACUUUCAUAAUGAUAUCGCAAAGAACUCUUACCACAGUUAUUAUACUUCAGAUAUUACUUUUGCUUGCCAAAGUGGAAAAGUUUACUUGACAAAAGCAGGAUUAGGAGUAUAUAGUGAAAUUGGAAGCAUUGACAAUAAAAUCUUCGCAUUAUACUAUGAUCACUUGGGAUUCAUACAUAAACUGACUCCAGAUCACUUUGAAGAUGGUGGGGUAUUUGCAGGCUUUGGAAAUUCUAGAAGUAUUUUUGGACUGCCUCCUGAUAUGGGAUUUGAUACCGCGCUGGCACCACAGUUUCUCACCAUCAAUGACGUGAUCUUUUUUGCCUAUGUACCUCUGAAUGAACCUCAGGAAACUAUAUACACCAAGAAAUUCAGUAAUAUUCACUAUGGAAAAGUGAUACACUCCGGUAAAACUGGAAAAGCUUACAUAAAACAGAUAAUGCAACAUAAGAUUCCCAAAGGAUUUAUGUCCUCAGUUAUUGCAGAAACAAUAAACCCUUUUGGAUUAGAAGAUGAAAAAGAAAGCUCUUGUUUGUCUAGUUCUCUUUCCAUUGAAAAAACUACAAGUUUUGCGUUUAAACUUACUCUUGACUUACAAACUGCUGAUUCCUCAUUUAAAACUUCAGAUAUAGAAAAGACUGUCGUGAUUCCUGGUUACAGUAGCUUCCUGAUCACAGAAAUUUUGGAUGAUAAGAAUGCUCUAGCUCUUGCUACCAUGCCUGAAAAUAUUCCCUUUAAUAUGGUCUUUAUAAAAGACACUUGGUUCUUAUACAACUUUGGGUCUGUGAAUGGAAGAAAAUGGGCUAUAUUUUUAAAGCCAUGUAAUUAUUGGGUUCAACAACCUGAUGAUUCACUAUCCCUCAACAUUGUGAAGUACAUCGAUCUGGGAAACUCUCAGGUUUUCAAAAUUAAGGUCAUACCUAAUUCAAAAUAUUUUCAAAUAAUUGACUACCCACUAGUGGAAAUAAUAGUUGGAAACCCAAUGUUGUUGGAAGUUAAUGUGAAAGGUUUCUUUGAUGAUACUCAUAGUUAUCUAGUGGAAAUUUCUGUAGCUAGCAGAUCUUUGCGUCAAGGUUCAACUUCACUAGCAUUGAUUAUCUGGGCAGCACCAACGGAGUGCUUUGUUACAACAGUGGUGCCAACGUUGAAGAGUAGCUGUAGCUAUCUCAGAUCUAUGCAUCAUGUUUCUAGCAUAUAUAUCCCAUUGGAAGACUGGAUUAGAGGAGUUCACAAAGACAGUCAGGGUUUUAAUAUGAUCAAAACUUUGCCGGCAAACUACAGGCCUCCAUCUAAUAUGGGAAUUGCCAUUCCACUCACAGAUAAUUUUUAUAAUGCAGAUCCUAGCAAACCUAUACCAAGAAAUCUAUUUCGCAAGUCCAAGGAAACUGGUAAAUACAAACAGUGUGCUCAUGUUUCUACUCGAGAGGAGUGUAAUUGUACAUGGGAUCAGAAGUUUUCACAUGCUGUCGCUUUCUCGGAUUGCAAAGAAAAAGUUCCUCGUUUCAAAUUUCCAGUUACACAAUAUCCAAUUACCUUGGACAUUUUGAGUGAAAAUGAACAUGUCCCAGUGAAAUCUCCAUAUUUGGUUACUGUGACUGAAGUGAACUUGAGGAAAAACUGGAACCUCAAACACUCUGUACCAGAAAAUGUUAAAAAACUUAAAAAUCAUUUAGAAACAAUCCUUCAUACUUCAGUGUAUAAUCCAUCAGGUCUCAACUUAAGUAUAAAGGGUUCUGAGCUUUUUCACUUUAGAGUGACCGUGGUUCCAGGGGUCACUUUUUGUAACUUAGUUGAAGAAUUUCAGAUUUAUGUUGAUGAAGUACCAUUGCCAUUUCCAGGACACACACUCAUCGCUGUGGCAGCAGCUGUGGUGCUGGGGGGGUUGAUUUUUACGGCAUUUAUGUUUCAACUGCGUAACAUCCACCCAUGGAGGGCAUUCCGAAGAUGGAUCCGAAGAAACACCCUCAACCUAUCCAAUACCAAUGUCCCUUAA